AUGUCUACAAACAACGACGUUUUGGAACGUAAAAUUCGUCCCAUUUACGAUGCGAUCGAUUCUCUCAACUUUAAAGGCGCACUUUCACAAAUUGCCAAAUUACAAAAAAAGCAACCUGAUGCACUUAUUUUGAAGUCAUUAAAAGCAUUGGUACUUGAUAAAACUGGGAAAAGCUCAGAGGCAUUAGCAUUAUGUAAUGAGGUGAAAGAGCGAAAGCCAACCGAUGAGACUGUAUUACAAUCACUUACUACGGUUUAUCGGUCUUUAGGAAAACGUCAGUAUUUGAGCAUGUUUGACGAGGAAAUCGUUCAGCUUUACGAAAAUGCAGCGAAAAUCUUACCAGGGAACGAAGAGAUAGCAAGUCAUAUGUUUAUGGCAAUGGUUCGCAAUGACGAUUAUAAAGGGCAACAACAGGCUGCUCUUAAAUUGCACAAAACUUUCGGAACAAGGACAAAUAGAUAUUUAUUUUGGGCAAUCAUGAGUCUAAUUUUGCAGGCUGAACAAGUACCGGCUGCACAAUCUGGCAUCAUCAUGACUCUUGCUGAACGUAUGAUGAUCAAGGCAGUAGAAGAAAAACGACUUGAAGAAACUGAAGAGGUUCAUCUAUAUUGUAAUGUCUUGUUGGCACAGAAUAAAGUAAAAGAAGCUUUGGAAGUUAUUGAAGGUGAUCUCGGUAAACGCUGUAAAGACGAUACCGAGAUCUCUCGUGUCAAACAAGAACUAUUGUUGAAAUUGGAGAAUUGGCCUAGCUUACAUACAAUAAGCAAAAAUGCAUUGAGCGAAACGAAUCCGGACGAUUGGAAAAGUUAUUUGGCAUAUUUCGAAUCGAUAUUUCAUAUAAAUGAUGAGAAUUCAUCAAGUACAGAUGGCGAUAGCCUCGAUGAAGCACGUGAAUUAAUAAAAUCAUUGCAAGAAAAGGAAUCGCAGUUGGCUACUCCUAGAAGAGGUCCCUACUUGGCUGAAUUAGAAUUUAAUCGCCGAGUGAUCUUACACAAUAAAGGUACUAUCGAUGAAGUUUCAACCUCGCAUAUCAUUAGCUAUUUUCUGCGAUUUGCCUCUAAAUCUUGUUGCUUUGAGGAUUUGCAGCCGUAUUUACAAGGUUUUUCUGGCGAACGCGCCAAGAAAUUGAUUGAUGAAUUUAAUGCAACAAUCGAUGACUCGCCAGAAGAUGACAAAGAAAAAAUUAAAACUAUUUAUAAGCAAAUUAAUCUCCACAAAAUCGAAAGGUAUCUCGGGUUUACUGCGAAUUUUGAUUCCGAAAAGACAAUCAAUUAUGUAAACAAACUCUGGAAGUUAUAUCAAGAUUCCCUCCAGUACGGCGCAGAUUUGGUAGAGACUGAAAAUCAGUUCGGUGAUGAAUUUGUAAUUCUGUGUUGCCACGCUUUAAUUGACGAAUACAAAAAAAAAGGCAAUUACACUUUUGUCAUUCAAGCAGUACUACUACUUGAAGCUGCGCUACUUAAAAGCAAACAUAAUUUCCAAUUACAACUGCUUUUAAUCAGAUUGUAUCAAAUUCUUGGUGUCCAUCUUAGACCAAUGGAAAUAUACAGAGAUAUGGAUAUUAAGCAUAUUCAAUUAGACACGAUGAGCCAUUUUAUAGUCGCUCGUUCUUCCUCCCUUGCAUUCUAUAAAGAAGCACUUCAAUCAUGUAAGGAUACAUUACCUAUUUACCGCAGUAAUAUUCUAGAGACUCCAGAGAUGAUAGUUCACGCAUAUAAAUAUGGAACAUACUCAAAAGUCAAAGAAUUUAUAGAGUUUCGACAGGAGCUAGACAAUUCUUUGCAACGAGUAUUGUCUAAUCGCGAAUCUAUACGGCUUGAAAUCAUUGGUGCUGCCCAAAAUACCAAACAAAUAACUGAUUAUUUCGAUGAGAUGGAUAUUUCGGAUCUUCAUUAUAAUGAAAAGUUUUGUGACUCUCUCCGAGAUAACAGAGAUUUCGAAGUUAUGGUUAACUUUAACCCGGUGGAGAAGCCACCCAUUGAAGAAAUGACACGGUCAUCCCCCAAGCUUGAUGAUAUUUGUGUCGAUAAAGCUGCCGAUGAAGUCUCCAAGCUUGUCACAGAUCUGGAGGAACUUGUUGGGCAGAAAGAAUCGCAGAGUCUGACUGCUGAAGAAAAGCUAUUGGGCAAUAUUGUUACAAAAUUGGGCUCUUUAUAUAUUGCCAUUAAGGAAGGUGACAAUCAUCAAUUUUCCGCUGCUAUUGAACAACUGAAGAUAGCUCUGGAUGAGGCCUAUGCAAAUGUUAUUUCAGAAGUCAACUUAUUAGAAUUUUCGUGGUCAAAUAUUAAUCGAUUGGCCAUUUUCUUGGAGACUACAAGUUAUGCAGUAGUAGGAAUAAAAAUAAUGCAGAAAUUACUAGGAGCCAAAAGCAAAAAAUCUCGCCAACGAGAAUUGUCUAAUCAAUUGCAAACGGUGACCGCGUCGUUUAAAGAAAAACUUUUGGAAAUCAAGAACCAUUUGAUCGUAUUAAAGGAAAAAGUCAAAUCGGAAGAGGUUCUUGGCGUUCUGCUGCCCUCUUUGAAAGCUGGCUCAAACUUAGAAUUUGUUUUACUUGAGGAGAAAGAACAGUUCAUACGCAACAUUGUAAAUGGGUUAUCGAGUAGCUGGGCGAAAAGUAUUGAAAGCCUUGCAAAAGAAGUCAAUAGUCGGAUUACAUUAAUAUGA